AACAUCAGAAUUCAAUCUCUGUCGCUCUCUCUUGUAGAUGGCGCGAUUUCUAGUUAGUUGGUCUGGUUUAUCACGGAGAUAGUUCCAAAGAGCGUUGUGCAUUAAUGUGCCGCGUUAUCAGUUGUUCAUUUUUACCGCCAAUUACGCGUUGGUUGUGUGUCGGAGUGCACUUUCGCGGAUCGCAUACGCGAAGUGUCUCCUCGAUAAAGUUUUUGUGUUUUCCUUAUCUUUACGAUGGCAGACCCACGGAACUGUCGUGAUUGCAUUUCUCGUGAACUGACAAUCGAAGAGAAGGAAUAUGCAGCGGCGAAUUUGAACGAGACUGAUGAGAACAGAGAAAAGACCAUCGCGCAGAUUAGACACUGGAUCCAGGAAAAUGACGACUUAUGCGCUCGUACCGAUGACUUUUUUCUUUUGCGGUUUUUGAGAGUCUGCAAAUUUGAUAUCGAAAAAACCAAAACAAAGAUACGAAAUUACUAUAAACAACGAUCCGAUCUGCCGGAAUGGUUUGCGGACAAGGAUCCUCUUCGACCGGAAUUGCAGGAGCUGCUCGACAUAGGAUUAUUUUUGCCCUUACGAAAGCUGGACGAUCAGAAGAGGAUGGUUAUCUUCGUGCGUGUCGGUCGGCAAAAUCCAUCCACAGAGAAGUUAUCAGAUCUAAUUAAAAUCGGUAUGAUGACGAUGGACGUGUUGGCGAGAAAUCACGUUGAAGGAUCCAUGUACGGUUGUGUCGUAUAUAUAGAUUUGGAUCUUGUUCACAUAGGUCACGUUACUCAGAUGCGUCCCAAUGUCAUAAUGAAUCUGGUCCGCUCGUGGCAAGGAUGCUUUCCGAUGAAGAUCAAGUCAAUAAACUUUAUCAACGCGCCGGAGUACGCUCAUGUAGUUCUGCGAAUUUUCAAGUCUUUCAUGAAUGAGAAGUUGAAGCAGAGAAUGCACACCUAUACGAAAAAAAUGAUGCACGAUUAUUUCAAGGAUAUCCCGGUUGAUAUCCUGCCGGUCGAAUAUGGCGGUACUGAUGGUACAAUCGUAGAAUUAAAAGAAUAUUGGAAGGAAGUGCUCGAAGAGAAUCGCGACUGGAUUAUCGAUGAUGAAAAGUACAAGCUAGUGUCAAAAAAAAAAUAGUCCGAGAUGUGUCCGAAUUAAUCUCACGCACACAGAGUGACAAUUGCCGACUGCAUGAAAUUGGUAAAACAGUGAUAAGGUGAUAAGGUAAUAAAAAAAAAACGACAAUAUAAUAUCGAUACAUAGAAUAUGUGAUUAAGAUUUUUAUAAAAAGAAGACUAUACCUGCGUGUAUGUAUAUGAAAUCUUUUUGUCUCACUUUUAUAUAAGUAAAUAUAUAUUUUUACACUGUCAGGCUUUCCUUUUGCAUUCCGCAAUUUCUUUAAUUUACGAGGAAUUUUUCUUUUUUUAUUGAUGAACGUCCGACGGUAGUUUUUCUUUGACAAGCAUUGUUAUCAUCGCGCAUAGACUUCGUGAGUUCAUCAUAAGUUCAUGUACGCGACAUGAUAUAAUUUUUUAACGUACUUUAAUUUGUUAGAUAACGACACGUCGAAAUUAUAGGCGAUAGAUAAAACGGAUUGUGCUAUUAAUUGACGCAUUUCUAUUCCUGAGAGAGAUACGUUCACGAGUUAAACACUGCAAAAUGUACAUACGUAAAUAGAUCAUGGGCAAGUAAUAUUGCACU